CACACCUGGAGACAGUUGAUUGGAGGAGGAGCAUGGCAGGUCACAGGUGAAACUAAGGACCUGAACAAUUGAGCAAAAAUGUUCGGUUUUUGUUUCAUUUUUGAAAGGUUGAGCUGACAGAUGGCAACCCAUUCAGUCCUUGAGGUAGCGUCAGUGUAAACCUGCUAACUAACUAACUAACUAACUAACUAACUAACUAACUAACUAACUAACUAACUAACUAACUAACUAACUAACUAAGUGGGACAAGUAGUGGACACAAAGUAAAACAUGGCACCAUGUUAUUUUAUUUCCUCCUUAAAGCUGCCGCACCUUCUUCUUAUUCCUCCCCUCCCCCUGUGGUGGUCUCCCCCUCCCUUUACCCUUCCUUCCCUCCCACUUUUUCCCUCUCACUCCAAAGCGCACUCAGCCUCUGCCUUCAUUUCCCGCUCCAACAUGUUGGCAGGAGGAGGCUGUGGAGGAUGCUGCGCUCAAACCUCGGUGCGUUCCUGCCACCUCUCCGGCCAGCGCACGUCGCCUCUGACUCAGAGCCACCUUUCACGAGUAUCCGCCUGAAGGACUUAAGAAGGGAGGAGGUCGGGGGGGUCGCCAGGAGCCCUCACAGCAGGGUCCCCAGAAGGAGCAACAGCAGCAGGAGGAAAGUGGAGCACAGCAACUGCCCCUCAUCCGUGGUGGAAACUAUUACCUCAGACGUCUCCACCUCCUCUGGUUUCUCUCCAGCUUUUCCCUUCUCCGCUCCAAGAUCCAUGUGGCAAGAGGCAAUAAGGAGGAAGCGGUACCUCCUGGACCGGGCCAGGGACUCUGGGGAGCGGGGUAAAGGAGGUCAGGAGAAGAGGAGCAGAUCCCGGGACUGGCUGUACGAGUCCUACUACUGUAUGAGCCAGCAGCAUCCUCUGAUUGUGUUCCUGCUGCUCAUCGUGAUGGGGGCAUGCCUGGCUCUGCUCACCGUGUUCUUUGCAUCGGGACUGAACGUUGAAGACCACAUGGCCUUUGUAAUCACUGUGCCCACGGCGUUGGCCAUCUUCCUGGCCGUGUUUGUUUUGGUCUGCAUCGAAUCCAUUUUCAAGAAGCUCCUUCGAGUAUUCUCCCUCGUCAUCUGGGCCUGCUUGGUUGCCAUGGGUUACCUUUUUAUGUUUUCAGGAGGGAUUGUCUGUCCAUGGGACCAGGUGUCCUUCUUCUUGUUUAUUGUGUUUGUGGUUUACACGAUGCUGCCGUUCUCCAUGCGGGACGCCAUCAUCGCCAGCGUCCUCACCUCCAGCUCUCACACUGUUGUGUUGAGUGUCUGCUUGUCCAUCACAGCCGAUCGCAUGGAGCCGGUGGUGUGGCAGAUUUUGGCCAACAUGAUUAUUUUCAUGUGUGGCAACAUGGCAGGGGCCUACCACAAACAUCUGAUGGAGUUGGCGCUCAAGCAGACUUACCAGGACACGUGCAACUGCAUCAAAUCCCCAAUUAAGCUGGAAUUUGAGAAGAGACAGCAGGAGCGUCUUCUAUUGUCUCUGCUGCCAGCGCACAUCGCCCGUGUGAUGAAAGCGGAGAUCAUCCAGAGACUAAAAGGACCAAAUUUUGGUCAGAUGGAGAACACAAACAAUUUUCACAACCUCUACGUUCAGAGACACACUAAUGUCAGCAUCCUGUACGCUGACAUCGUUGGAUUCACACGCCUCGCCAGUGACUGCUCCCCUGGAGAGUUGGUCCACAUGCUCAAUGAGUUGUUUGGCAAAUUUGACCAAAUUGCCAAGGAAAAUGAAUGUAUGCGGAUAAAAAUCCUUGGUGAUUGUUACUACUGCGUAUCUGGCUUGCCAGAGUCUCUGUCGCAUCACGCCAAGAACUGCGUCAAGAUGGGCUUGGACAUGUGUGAGGCCAUCAAGAAAGUGCGUGACGCCACGGGGGUCGACAUCAAUAUGCGCGUGGGCGUGCAUUCAGGGAACGUCCUGUGUGGUGUGAUCGGACUCCAGAAGUGGCAGUAUGAUGUUUGGUCACAUGAUGUCACGCUGGCCAAUCACAUGGAAGCGGGAGGUGUACCUGGACGAGUCCACAUCACUUCAGUGACGCUAGAGCACCUAAAUGGCGCCUACAAGGUGGAAGACGGGGACGGACAAGAGAGAGAUCCCUAUCUAAAGGAACAUGGCGUCGUGACUUAUUUGGUUAUCAACCCAAAGGUGGAGCGACGCAGCCCGCAGUAUCCAUACCGGCCCCGACACACUCUGGACGGAGCAAAGAUGAGGGCCUCGGUCAGGAUGACGCGCUACCUGGAGUCCUGGGGGGCGGCCAAGCCUUUCGCCAACCUGCACCACAGGGACAGCAUGACCAACGAGAACGGAAAGAUCAGCACGGCCGAUGUGCCAAUGGGGCAGUAUCAGUUCCAGAGGAGAUCUGAAAGGACAAAGUCUCAGAAAAAGCGAUUUGAGGAGGAGCUUAAUGAAAGAAUGAUCAGGACGUUUGAUGGCAUAAAUUCACAAAAGCAGUGGCUCAAAUCCGAGGACAUUGAAAGAAUAUCGUUGUUCUUUCACAACAAAUCCUUGGAAAGGGAGUACAGAACAACAAUCUUGCCAGCCUUCAAAUAUUACAUCACCUGCGCCUGUCUCAUCUUUUCCUGCAUUUUCAUUGUGCAGAUUCUCGUCUUGCCCAAGACAGCAAUCUUGGGAAUAUCUUUUGGGAUGGCAUUCUUUGUCCUUUCCUUGAUUGUCUUCAUAUGUUUCAUUGGACACUUCCUGCACUGGAGUAAGAGUGCCCCCACUUCAUGGAUGUGGCUCCUCCGGUCCUCGGGCAUUAUUGCCAACAAGCCGUGGCCCCGCAUCACACUCACCCUGACCACCACGGCCCUCAUACUCACUAUGGCGGUCUUCAACAUGUUCUUUUUGGAGGACAACGUGUUGCCACCAGGUCCUAUUUCCAAUUCAUCCAAUGAAACACAGCUUUCCCCAAAUGGACAACAAGCUGCGUUUACUGACAAAAACAACUUCUACCUUCCUUAUUUAAUUUACAGCUGCAUCCUGGGCCUGAUCUCUUGCUCGGUGUUCCUGAGGAUCAACUACGAGCUGAAAAUGAUAACCAUGCUGACGGCUGUGGUGGUUUACAACAUCAUCAUUCUGCAAACGCACGCGCCGCUGCUGGAUGAAUACAGCAGAUUCCUGUACAAAUCCGAAAGCCUGGACAGACCAGGAGUCCUCAAAGACCUGAAGACGAUGGGCUCUAUCUCACUCUUCAUCUUCUUCAUCACUCUGCUUGUGCUUGCUCGGCAGAAUGAAUAUUACUGUAGGUUAGACUUUCUGUGGAAGAACAAGUUCAAAAAGGAGUGCGAGGAGAUUGAGACUAUGGAGAACCUCAACAGGGUCUUGUUGGAGAAUGUCCUGCCUGCACACGUCGCUGAGCACUUUUUGGCCCGAAACUGGAAGAAUGAGGACCUGUACCACCAAUCAUACGACCUGGUGUGCGUCAUGUUUGCAUCCAUCCCAGACUUUAAAGAGUUUUACACAGAAUCGGACGUCAAUAAGGAAGGAUUGGAGUGUCUCAGGCUCCUCAAUGAGAUCAUUGCUGAUUUUGAUGAGCUGUUGUCUAAGCCUAAAUUCAGUGGUGUGGAAAAGAUUAAAACCAUUGGAAGCACAUACAUGGCGGCUACAGGGCUCAAUGCCUCACCUGGACCAGAGUACCCCACACAGGAACAUGACAGACAGUACAUGCACAUCGGCACCAUGGUGGAGUUUGCAUUUGCGUUGGUGGGGAAGCUGGACGUUAUCAACAAACAUUCCUUCAAUGACUUCAAACUCCGAGUUGGUAUUAACCAUGGACCAGUGAUCGCUGGAGUCAUUGGAGCACAGAAACCACAGUACGAUAUCUGGGGUAACACAGUCAAUGUAGCAAGUCGAAUGGACAGCACGGGAGUCCUGGGCAAGAUACAGGUGACGGAGGAGACGAGUCGCAUCCUGCUGACGCUGGGCUACGUGUGCUCCUGUCGAGGCAUCAUUAACGUCAAGGGCAAAGGAGAGCUCAAGACCUACUUUGUUCACACGGAAAUGACCCGCUCACUGUCCCAAGGGAAUAUCAUGCCAUGAGACUUGAGUCUUUUUUUUUCUAAGCUGCACAGCCAACAUUGAUGUCAGGUUGGGGAUUUGGGAGCAUCUCGGUGGCGGCCAAACUGUGGAAAAAAAAAAAACCUGCACUGCAAGGACAAAAAACCCUAUUUUUUGCAUUGCCAGUUAAACACUCUGAUGCUGUAGUAUACAUUUAUACUUUACACUUAUGUAAGUGUAGCAUGUACAGCCUAUGAAAUGUAUCAUAUUUUUAUUUUGUAUUUUUUUUAGCCAAAGUGGCAUGGAUUGGUUCGACCAAGCGACUUUUUCUCCAAAAAGAAUCCAAAUAGUAUUCUCACUCGGGCAGGUUUGAAAGGGGGACGGCGCUGCCAAUCAAACGAUGAAUCUGUGUUCCAUUCCCUUACCGUGUGACAAGUUGGAUUACAGCUGAUUGUACAACGCAAAGUAUAAGGAGAACUACAAGAAAGGCUUUUGUCUGUCAUAAUAAUAACAAUGAUGUGAUUGACUUGAUGGCACAGGCCAGAAUGGAGCAUAUUUUAUUAAAAUUAAGAUCAGCGAAGGAAUAAUGCAAGACGACAGUUGCAGAGGGACAACAAAGAGACACGUGUAUAUACUGUAACGCCAUCUACCUUGGAAGCAGAGCCUUGAAUGUAAAACGUGUGCUCUGCAAAGCUGUUUUCACACUUAAAUCAGGUUGGCCGUUUGCACAAAACAUGUCAACCAAGCGGGUUGAAGUGACAUGUUAGACCAGAAUACGAUGUCAGCGUGCUGGGAUGUACAGGGUAGCUAUACGUAACAGUGGUAUGGUACAGUGGUUUUGUAAAAAAACACAAAAACAAAGAAGAGGAUAAUACACAAAAGGUGUUGUUGUUUUAAUGAUGCUACUAUCUUUUUUGUUUUUUUUGUAAAAAUGUCAUUAAAUUUCUAUGUAUUUCAGCCUUGUGACUUGCUUGGAAAUGAUCUGACUUUAUGAAAGAAAGACUCAAGCAGAACAAAAGAAAUGCCUUCAAGCUGCAGCGUGAAGUCAAUAC